UAAUUAAAGCUCCAGGCUUCAUCAGGGCCAUGGAGGAGGAGACCUCUGAGAAUAUAUAAGCCCAUGCUUUGGACUGUCUUCUCAACAGCUUCACCAGGACCUCUCAGUUUCUUAGCCUCCAAAACAGGUCAUCUCCACCACUAUGGCUUUCUGUGGACCAUCCUGUGCCAUCCCAUCUUCUGCCUCAAUCCCAUCCAUUGGAUUUGGAUCUGCUGGUUUGGGAGCCCUGCCCCCCAGAGGCUUGGGUCUCUCACCCUUCCCCUCGGCUGAAUCUUCAGGAAGCCUGGGCACCCUGGACGGAGUCAUCCCCUCCUGCAUCAACCAGAUCCCACCAUCUGAGGUGACCAUCCAGCCCCCUGCAGUUUUGAUCAGCAUUCCUGGUCCCAUCCUGUCUGCCAGCUGUGAGCCCAUCGCUGUUGGAGGCAACACUCCAUGUGCCCCUGGAGGUUUUGGACGCUUCGGUGGUGGCUACUAUGGAGGCCGCUUGGGACGUUUCGGUCACCGUGGAAGCAUCUGUGCUCUCCCCUGCAACCUCCCCUGUUACUUACUCCACUGCUUGUAUUCUUCUCCGGUAUCCCAACAUCUAUUAGCCGGGAUCAUCCCUUCCUGCAUCAACCAGAUCCCACCAUCUGAGGUGACCAUCCAGCCCUCUGCAGUUGUGGUCACCAUCCCUGGUCCCAUCCUGUCUGCCAGCUGUGAGCCCGUCGCCGUUGGAGGCAACACCCCAUGUGCUCCUAGCCGCCAAGGGUUGCCUCUGAGUCUCGGAGGCCAACCUCGCCUGGGUGCUGGUUAUGGGUUUGUUGGUGACAGAGGCAGCAUUUGCUACACCCCCUGCUAA